AUGAGUCUUUUCGUCAUUCCACCAAUUGCGACUCGAUCGGCGACCGGUGGAACUGCUCUAAACUAUCCUAUUUGCCUUCGUUGUUCCAAAUUAAUUGCGAUAUACGAGGUGGACGCCGAGAUUAAGGGACAAGUAGUCGACCAGACCUGUGCUUAUCCCAAUGGUAUAAAUGUGUCGUGCUCCGAGUGUACCCGGAAACACAAAGGGAAAUGCAUUCCGCCUCCGGUAGAGUUCAACGAGGAGAUCAAUGGGUUGCUCCGCCUACGCGCCAGGUGGGAGAAGCGGCAUGGCAAAGGUCAGGAUGUAACUGCUGUGGAAGCUCAGCUUAAUGAGGCGCAGGGGCGGUACACCAAAGGGGUGGAGGCGUAUAUUCGUCAGCUCGAAAAGCAUGGCUUGUCUCACAAGCCUGCCAACACCACGGAAGCAAUGAUGGUUUUGACGGGUCUGAUAUCCGUUCAAAAUAGGUUGUUGGAACAGUUCUUGGAUUCAUAUCGCUUCUCCCUUCAUCUGCCUCCGUUGAAUAGGCCUGUCGUAGAUAGGCGCGACGAUGACGACGACGACGAUGAUAGUGAUGAUGAUGAUGAUGAUGAUGAUAAUGAGACAGGGAAAAAGGGGAAGGAGACUGUGCGGAAUAGAGGUGGUUUUACUGUAUCGGGCAGUGCUGGGGAGUCCAGCGGCUCAAAAGCGGUAGCUGGUGGUAAAUCCAGAGGUGGAAGGGGUGGUAAACAGAAAGUUGCCACCAAGAGGCCUACUCUUGGGAAACCUGUGGUUUCUUACGCAUGCGAGGGUGAAAUCUCCCCUGGUUUGGAUCCUUAUAAGGAUGAUGAUGAGAUGACUUCUGAGUCCGAUUCUUCCGAUGGAGUACCUCCGACUAAGCGUCAGCGUACGAGAGCUUUUUCGACGAUGGCGCGGGGUAGCAAAAGACUACCUUAG